GUUAGGAACAAGUAAUACCGCUUUCUGACUUUCUUACCUUCCCCUUACAUCCUUAAUUAGACUUUAAUUUUGGUCUUAAUCUUGAAUUAAAUAUGCCUUACCCUCGAAAAGUCAGUCUGCAUUGACAAUGAGUUCUUGCACUGAUGAGGGGCAUCGCUUCCAAGGCAAGGCAGCUAUCCAACCCCUUCGAACUUGAAAGUUGAAACUUGAAACUCUACUGUUAAUCUUUCAUAAUUCAUCAAGUCCCCACUCUUCUAAUUGAUGCAUGCCCUCUGAUGAUGCGCUCUUUCCUCGACCUCUCAGUCUGGCUCACUCUUUCGGUUACUCCCCCUUACUCUCUUUCUCUUUCCCCGAUCUGCCUCUAGCGGCCAGCAGGAUCUCUCUUUGCUGUUCCGCAGCUCUCCAAUGUCUGUCUGAUUUUUGUCAAGGCUCGGCUGGAAACGGCCAUGGCAUCAAGGCAUGGUGCAAAGUCAAAAAAAUUAGGAUCGAACAAUUCAAAAACUGCCAAUUCCCCAUCAUCUUCCACCACAUCAUCGUCAAAACAAUUUCUGGAAACCACUAUUGAUGGUCUCAGCUCACCAGCAUCUUCAUCAGCUCGAAGUAAGCCACAGUAUUUUUACUCGGAAAGUAUGCCUUCAGAUGCAGAAAGAGCAAAAGAAAAUGUGACAGUGACAGUCCGGUUUCGCCCCCUGAAUCCAAGAGAAAUACGUCAAGGAGAGGAGAUUGCAUGGUACGCGGAUGGAGAAACUGUUGUGCGAAAUGAGUAUAAUCCUUCCAUAGCAUAUGCAUAUGAUCGUGUCUUUGGUCCUACAACUACAACACGUCAUGUCUAUGAUGUUGCUGCUCAGCAUAUCGUUAAUGGUGCUAUGGAGGGCGUCAACGGCACAAUAUUUGCAUAUGGAGUAACAAGCAGCGGAAAGACUCAUACAAUGCAUGGUGAUCAAAGAUCUCCUGGAAUUAUACCUCUUGCUGUGAAGGAUGCAUUUAGCAUUAUCCAAGAGACUCCAAACCGAGAGUUUCUCCUUCGAGUUUCAUACUUGGAGAUCUACAAUGAGGUGGUUAAUGACUUACUAAACCCAGCCGGACAGAACUUAAGAAUCAGAGAGGAUACUCAGGGCACCUUUGUUGAGGGAAUAAAGGAAGAGGUUGUUCUAUCCCCUGCUCACGCACUUUCCCUUAUAGCAGCUGGAGAAGAGCAUAGACAUGUUGGGUCUACAAACUUCAACAUACUUAGCAGCAGGAGCCAUACCAUAUUUACCCUGACUGUCGAGAGCAGUCCAUGUGGUGAAAAUAGUGAAGGAGAAGCUGUAACACUGUCACAACUGAACCUCAUCGAUCUGGCAGGUUCUGAAAGCUCAAAGGCUGAAACAACCGGAAUGAGAAGGAGAGAAGGAUCUUAUAUCAACAAGAGUCUGCUAACUCUUGGCACUGUUAUUUCGAAAUUGACUGAAGGGAGAGCUAGUCACAUACCUUACAGGGACUCCAAGUUGACCAGAUUAUUACAGUCUUCACUCAGUGGUCAUGGACGUGUCUCUCUCAUUUGCACCAUAACUCCUUCAUCAAGUAGUGGUGAAGAAACACAUAAUACGUUGAAGUUUGCACACCGGGCAAAGCACAUUGAAAUACAAGCAGCCCAAAACAAGAUAAUUGAUGAGAAGUCGCUUAUUAAGAAAUACCAACAUGAAAUUCGAUGCUUGAAAGAAGAGUUAGAACAAUUGAAGAGGGGCAUUGUUACAGUUCAGCCAAAAGGUACAGGUGAAGCUGACAUCGUGCUCCUAAAACAAAAGCUAGAAGAUGGUCAAGUUGCCCUGCAAUCUCGACUGGAGCAAGAAGAGGAAGCUAAAGCUGCUUUACUAAGCAGGAUUCAACGGUUGACCAAGUUAAUUUUGGUCUCCACAAAAGCAUCACACUCAUCAAGAUUUCCUAACCGGUCUGGUCCACGAAGAAGGCAUUCAUUUGGCGAGGAAGAGCUGGCAUACCUUCCAUACAAAAGGCGGGAUUUAAUCCUAGAUGAGGAAAAUAUUGAUUUAUAUGUUAAUCUAGAGGGAAAUGCAGAAUCAGCUGAUGACUCUCUUAAGGAGGAGAAAAAGACAAAGAAGCACGGACUCCUAAAUUGGUUGAAGUUACGGAAACGAGACAGUGGAUCUAGUGCCUUGACAGGCACUAGUGAUAAAUCCAGUGGGGCAAAAUCUGUUAGUACACCUUCCACCCCUCAAGCAGAAAGUGGCAAUCAUACAGAGUCCAGGCUUUCCCAUUCUUUACUUACGGAAAGUUCUCCAUCUGCGGAUCUUAUAUUGGAGGCUAAAGAGGACAAAGAAAAUCAUGAGGAUAGCUUGUUGGGACAAGAGACACCUUUGACGAGCAUAAAAUCGAUUGAUCAAAUUGAUCUUCUGAGGGAGCAGCAAAAGAUUUUGUACGGAGAGGUGGCACUUCAUUCAAGUGCUCUGAAAAGACUAUCUGAGGAAGCGGCAAAAAGUCCUGGGAAGGAUCAGAUUCAAGUGGAGAUGAAUAGACUGAAAGAUGAGAUAAAGGCUAAGAACAAACAAAUAGAUUUGCUUGAAAAACAAAUUGCUGAUUCCUUCAUUACUUCAGAUAAGAUAGAUCAAUCAGGAAUAUCACAAACUGUUGAGGAACUAAUGACACAAUUAAAUGAGAAAUCAUUUGAACUCGAGGUUAAAGCUGCAGAUAACCGUGUAAUUCAAGAGCAGCUCAAUCAAAAGAUACGUGAAUGUGAAAGCUUUCAAGAAACAAUUGACUCCCUGAAAAAGCAGCUUGCAGAUGCACUUGAGUUAAAAAGCUUUCUCCCUGUAGAUCAUUCGCAACAUUUCUCUAUAACGAAAGAGCACCAUGGUGAAAGUCACUUGGACAAAGAAAAUGUGAUGAAGAACCAGUCCAACGAAGGUUUUCUUUUACAAGCACAGAUAGAAGAGUUGAAGCUGAAGGUGGCAGAAUUAACAGAAUCAAAGGAGCAGCUGGAACUUCGGAACCAGAAACUUGCAGAAGAGAGUUCAUAUGCCAAAGGAUUGGCCUCAGCUGCCGCGGUUGAGCUUAAGGCACUAUCAGAAGAAGUAGCCAAACUCAUGAACCAUAAUGAGAAACUUGCUGCUGAGCUGACUGCAUCCAAAAGUUCCCCCACCCAACGUAGGAACAGUACAGUAGUCCGAAAUGGACGGAGGGAAAGCCAUGUUAAACGAACUGAUCAAGGGGUGUCAAACUCGGAUGUUAAGAGAGAACUGGCGCUGAGCAAAGAGAGGGAACUGUCAUACGAAGCCGCUCUUUUGGAGAAGGACCACAAAGAGGCUGAGCUUCAAAGGAAGAUUGAGGAGUCAAAACAAAGAGAAGCGUACUUGGAAAAUGAACUUGCCAACAUGUGGGUUCUCGUGGCAAAGUUGAAAAAGUCGCAAGGAACAGAAACUGACGAUUCUAGGUUGACUAGAGAGACUUUGCAAGUGGACGGUUUUGACAUCUGAUGUAAUCUUGUGAUAUAGUGGAUUUCAAUUGAUCCAUUGUGAUAGAUGGCUUUUCGCAGUAGUGUAGGGAGAGAGGGGUGUGUAAAGAUUGUUGUUAGCAGGGAAGUGUGCGUUUCUCUUCACCCGCCAUCGCUUUCGAUUUUGGUUCAUAGCAAGGGCUUCCUGUUUGUGUAUACAAAUAAUGGCUGCUUCCUUUUCGUGACCUUGGUUUCUUUAAUCCUAACCAAUGAUGCGCAGGUCUUAUCUUCGCCUCUUUCGUUCCUUCCUUUCUAUAGUUUGGCCCGUCAUGCUUUGUAAAUAUUUCAACAUCUAAGUGCUUCUUUAAGAUUAUGAUUGAGAUUUUUAAGAACACUUAUUCACAUAAUUUGAAACAUUUUAUAUAUAUA